AUGGCGGCUGCACCGGCCGGUGGUGGUCAUUCCAUCAACGUCAAUGACCCUACCUUGAUCGCUCUUGUCAACAAGUUGCAAGAUGUUUUCACCACUGUUGGCGUCGCGAACCCUAUAGAUCUUCCUCAAAUUGUUGUUGUGGGCUCUCAGUCCAGCGGAAAGUCCUCAGUAUUGGAAAAUAUCGUUGGCAGAGAUUUCCUCCCUCGUGGUGCUGGCAUCGUCACACGUCGGCCGCUUGUCCUUCAGCUCAUCCAUAGGCCUAUCCCCGCUAAACUCCAGACAAAUGGAGUCUCAGAUAAAGACCUACAAAACAGCACCGACUCACAGGCCAAUGUUGACGAGUGGGGAGAGUUUCUCCAUCUUCCAGGACAGAAGUUCUAUGACUUCAACAAGAUUCGAGAUGAAAUCGUCAAAGAGACCGAGGCUAAAGCAGGUCGCAACGUUGGAAUCUCCCCGGCGCCCAUCAAUCUGCGGAUAUACUCUCCUAAUGUCCUCACACUGACUCUGGUCGAUUUGCCUGGUUUGACCAAGGUGCCUGUGGGUGAUCAGCCAAGAGAUAUUGAGCGACAAAUCAAAGACAUGGUUCUUAAACAAAUCUCAAAACCCAAUGCCAUCAUUCUUGCAGUCACUGCCGCCAAUGUUGAUUUGGCCAACUCUGAUGGUUUGAAGCUUGCACGAGAAGUGGAUCCGGAAGGUCAGAGAACAAUUGGUGUGCUUACGAAGAUCGAUUUGAUGGAUACCGGCACCGAUGUAGUCGAUAUCCUUGCUGGAAGAAUCAUCCCACUUCGACUGGGCUAUGUCCCGGUUGUCAAUCGAGGUCAGCGUGACAUCGAAAACAAGAAGCAAAUCGGCCUAGCGCUGAAGGCGGAGAAAGAGUUCUUUGAGAACCAUCCUUCAUACAGAAACAAGGCAUCCUACUGUGGUACCCCUUAUCUAGCGCGAAAGCUCAACCUCAUUCUCAUGAUGCACAUCAAGCAGACACUUCCCGAUAUCAAAACUCGUAUCGCCACUUCUCUACAGAAAUACAGCCAGGAAUUGGAACAGCUAGGGGCUGGAGAUCUACUGGGAAACAACAGUUCCAACAUCAUUCUCAACAUCAUUACCGAAUUCGCGAACGAAUAUAGAACUGUCCUGGAUGGAAAUAGCUCCGAGUUAUCCAGCAAUGAGCUCUCUGGCGGCGCUAGAAUUUCAUUUGUCUACCAUGAGCUCUAUUCCAAUGGUAUCAAGGCAAUCGACCCUUUCGAGCAAGUCAAAGAUAUCGAUAUUCGGACGAUUCUUUAUAACUCGUCGGGCUCAUCACCAGCACUCUUCGUUGGAACCACAGCUUUCGAAUUGAUUGUGAAACAGCAGAUUCGGCGAUUAGAAGAGCCCUCUCUCAAGUGUGUCUCGCUUGUCUAUGAUGAACUUGUCCGCAUCCUUGGUCAACUGCUACAAAAACAACUUUUCAGGAGAUACCCGGGGCUCAAAGAACGAUUCCAUGGUGUGGUCAUUGGCUUCUUCCGAAAAGCUAUGGAUCCUACGAACAAGCUGGUCAGAGAUCUCGUGGCAAUGGAGGCAUGUUAUAUCAACACAGGGCACCCAGAUUUCCUGAAUGGCCAUCGUGCAAUGGCGAUUGUGAAUGACAGGCAUAACUCCGCCAAACCGACCCAGGUAGAUCCAAAGACAGGGAAACCCCUUCCUCCAUCGGUGCCACCCAGGGCAGGCUCCCCCAGUCUACCCACCGAUGGUUCUGACCAAAACUCGGGCUUCUUCGGCUCCUUCUUCGCCAGUAAGAAUAAGAAAAAGAUGGCCGCCAUGGAACCGCCUCCAGCCACUCUGAAAGCCAGUGGCACGUUGUCCGAACGUGAGAAUCAAGAAGUGGAGGUCAUCAAGCUUUUGAUCAACAGCUAUUUCAACAUUACACGGAGGACCAUGAUUGAUAUGGUGCCUAAAGCCAUCAUGUUGAGCCUGGUACAGUAUACCAAAGAUGAGAUGCAACGAGAGCUUCUGGAACACAUGUACAAAACAACAGAACUCGACGAACUCCUCAAAGAGAGUGACUACACUGUCAGAAGACGCAAGGAAUGUCAACAGAUGGUUGAGAGCCUGGGUAAGGCCAGUGAGAUCGUCAGUCAAGUGCAGUAG